AUGGAGCAUCUUAUCAGUCCCACAGAGCUCGACAGAUUUCGGCCAUCGAUCCCUGAAAGUCAAUGGCUUGAUUUUGAUCACGAUAGCAGCCAGACAUUCCCCGUGGUGUCUUUUGAGGAUUAUCCCCUCCUCCGAGGCUGGACUGCUGAUCGAUUGAGAGCCCUCCGUCAGGAUGUCGCCGUGCAAAGUGCCGGUUGUGUUUCAAGCAUUCUUGCGAUGCUACAAAGCUGGCUGUUCUUUGGUGUGCUUGAAGGCGCUUUUCAGCAUCACUUUACCAGCUCUUCUUUUCUCACAUCAUCCGAAGACGUGCAGACCACAGGUAAAAGUCAUCGCAGAGUCCUUAAUACCCAGCAUUUACGCACAUUCUAUCAACAAUGGCACGGUGAAUUUAUGGACCUUCCAGAAGACAGGCAGACGAGUCUCUCCGACUCUUUCCGCCGCUCGGUGGUGGGUGCCCGCGACUGGACAUUGUAUCUUGAAGUCGAGCUGAAGUUUAGAAUCCCUGCCUACAACAGCCCUCCUCUGUCCAGCGUUUUUAAUGCGAUUGUCCGUAAUGCAGUCCUACUGACGGAGCUACUGACCAAAGCCGUGCCUCAAGCAUAUUUAGCGAAUGGCUUUGUCAACCAUCAGAUGGACUUGGAUCCUGGAGGCGAGAUCGAAAAUCGGCUGCAAGGGAGCGGAUGGUGUCCAUCGAGCUCAAGAUUACUGAUAAGGAGAUACGGUCAUUCAGCUGCAAUGUAUGCGACCCUUCUUCGCCCAUUGGAGCAGCCUCACGUGAGUCAUACUCACUGCACCAAGUCGCAGUGCGUCGCAUACAAUGUCGACUUAUCCACCUACCGGCCUCAGCAUGUGGAGCAAGAAUGUUCAUGCGAACAUGUGCUCCCUCCUCGACAAGAUAUCUUCGACAUUCUGCAGUCUGGGACUUUUCCUGUAUUGGAUGGAGAGGCCAUACUGGUGGACGGAGAAAGGGGCGAGCUGAGCGUGAAGCAAUACAAACCAGACAUGGAAUAUGUGGUGAUCUCUCAUGUUUGGUCAGAUGGACUCGGCAGUACGACAGAGAAAGGACUGCCGAGAUGUCAAGUGGUACAACUUGCACAUCUGUGUCAUGUAAUUUCCGGCUCGACCCUCUUCUGGAUCGACGGACUAUGCGUCCCACAGGAACCGAUAAUGCGCAACACUGCAAUCCAGCUCAUGAGUGCGACCUAUUCCAAAGCUGACACGACGCUCGUCCUCGACUAUGGUCUUCGUCAGUGCAGCCGCUCAAGCGCUACCGAAGAGAUAGCCCUUCGCAUCCUGUCAUCUGUCUGGCUUCGCCGUCUUUGGACCCUUAAAGAAGGCAUUCUCGCGUCUAACCUUGUCUUCCUCUUGCGAGACGCUUUCUUGCCAAUGUCUCAUUUGCUUUCGGAUAUCUUCGUCUCUGGCUUCACAGGUCCUAUCCCAGCCGCCCUGAUCAUGGAGGUAUCAGGCUUCAGCCGCGACCGCUUUGCUACCAAACCCGCUCAUAUCAAUCAUAUUCAGCGGCUGAUGUGCUACCGGACCACGAGCCGACUCGAUGACGAGACACUGGCCAUUGCUCCACUCUUCCACAUCGAUUUGGGGGUCAUCAUGCCGCAUUCAGGCGAAGCGAGAAUGAUGGCGUUUUGGAAAGCCCUGGGCACCGUGCCAUGCGGCUUGAUCUUCUCCGGUGCACCGAGACUGACCGCUCAUGGGUUCGGAUGGGCGCCAAGGACGCUCAUGCACGGGACAGGAUUGAUCGAUUUGGGGAGCAGCUACGGACGAAUUACGGAAAAUGGCCUUGUUGGGGAGUUUCUCGUCUUGGAGUCUGACACAAAAUUCGACCUUGCGAGGAGCAAGGCCCUCCGCCUGCUCGACACCACCAAGAAGCGAGGGCUCCGUGUCUUCAAUGAAGAGAAGCCGCAAUACCUUGAAAGUCACGACCACGGGUCAGUGGAUGGCGUCUGGGGCGAUAUGAUCGCCAUCCGCGAGCAGCCGAGUGGCGAGAUCCUUCCUGGCGUCGCUAUCGUGCUCAGACGUGAAGAAAAAAACGUAGACACUAUCGAACACGAUGAUGACAAUCGAGUGCCAGCAUGUACGUUUGUCACACGAGCCAUCGUCGUUGUUGAUGAGUCGGCCAACCGAGUGUCGUGGGAGUCAAAACCACCGUCUAAUGCCAACCUGGUCAAGUGUGUCGCGAAGACUUUAUGCAUCUGCUGA